AUUUAAUAAAAAAAAAAAAUACCGCAUACUCAUACAACAACGGAGAAAUUUUCAACCCAAAUCGAAUCGAUUUCCUCCUCAGUUUUCGUUGCUUGCAUUUUUAUAAUAAACAAUAUCCGGUUAAGGACGAAAAUCUGUUGCGCUGGCGAAUCGAUUCAAUACGGUGCCCGUCAUAAUGGAAGGGCCGGAAGUAACGUUCCUUUUUCAAUUUGGAAAUAUACGUGACGGGAUAUCCGUUCCAUCGACAUCAUUAACUUUGAAAUCGCUCAAGGACAUGGCAUGUGAAUUUAUCAAUUCCAAGGUACCAGGCAACGGGUUGACAUAUUUACCCGAACGUGUACUCCUGUUCAGGCACGAUUACAACAGUCCAAAUGUCCUGCACAUUGUUAACUCGGCUGCAGAAAUUGUCGAUGAGACACUUGUGGAAAUCGUUCUGACAGCCAGCCCUUUGAGAUAUCCAAGCACUGAAGUACCAACCUUGAAGCCACAUUCACUAAAUGUUCACUCAUACAAAGCGCCCACGUUUUGUGAUUUCUGUGGAGAAAUGCUUUUUGGUUUGGUUCGACAAGGACUCAAGUGUGAUGGAUGUAGUCAAAAUUAUCACAAACGUUGUGUGGUUAAAAUUCCAAACAAUUGUAGCCGCCCCAAUGACACAUCAUCAUCAAGACGUUCAUCAACUCUACAACCACCACGUAGUCCAUCGGGUGGUUCAACUAAUUCGUUAAUAUCUGAAGAUGCUGGUGGCAAAAAUGAUUCCGGGACAUCGCUGAACGUCCCACACAAACGCCACAAUCGUUCCCCCUCGAAUAGCAGUAGCGGUGGCCGCUCUACCACAGUAGUUGGCAACACUUUUUACACCGGUCAUUCAUAUCAGGACAAAAUUCGCAUACCCCAUACAUUUAUGGUUCACACAUAUGGCAUCCCCACCGUGUGUCAAUAUUGUAAGAAACUUUUGCGAGGAUUAUUUAAACAAGGACUCCAAUGCAAGGACUGCCAAUAUAAUGCUCAUAAAAAAUGCAUGGACAAAGUGCCACAAGACUGCACGGGCGAAGGCCUUCAACCCAAUUUGCCCGCCGAAUUCAACGAAAGCAACAAUGCGACAGCCGCUGGCCGGGAACGUGAUAUGUUCUUCCGCGAUGAAUUCGAUGACAGUGAUUUUGAUGACAAUCCGACAACAGACUUUAGUAGGAAUUCCUAUAAUAUAAGACGACAACGAAACAACAAUACUCAGGCACCUGAGUUAAAUGGUUAUAAUGUUGGAUCACCAGCAUCGGAUUCGGGUGGAGGAGGAGGUGGCGGAGGUGGCAGUGGUGGGAGUGGAAUGGGUGGAGUUGGUGGUGAACCUAGAGACCCAGCACUUAAAGAUGCCCACUCGGAAUCCAGCUCCUCGUCAUCGCCGAGUGCCAAUAUCCCAUUGAUGCGAAUUGUGCAAUCAGUUAAACAUACCAAGAAACGUGGCGGUCAAGCCAUCAAAGAAGGCUGGCUAGUGCAUUUCACUAAUUUGGACAAAACCGUGAAGCGUUACUUUUGGCGUUUGGAAGCGAAAACAAUCACCCUGUUCAUAUCGGAACAGGGCAGUAAAUAUCAUAAGGAAAUUCCUGUAAAUGAAAUUAUUUCAAUCGACAGUAAUCGAAGUGUCAAUAGCGACCGGAAUUACUGUUUCGAGAUUCGAACAGCAAAUGUGGAUUAUUUUGUUGGACAAGAUCCAUUGGUCGGGUGUCAGAAUGAGCCGGUGCGACUUCCGCCGGUAGAUAGUGGGAUCGGAACAGAUGUUGCCAAAAAUUGGGAGACAGCCCUCAAGCAAGCGAUGGUGCAUGUUUCAAAUACACAAUGCUGUGAAUCCGAGGAAAAUGUUCAAGACAUGGGCCAACUGUAUCAAAUAUUUCCCGACGAAGUUCUUGGAUCCGGUCAAUUUGGUGUUGUCUAUGGUGGUGUUCACAAGAAAACACGACGUGAAGUCGCAAUCAAAGUUAUUGACAAACUAAGAUUUCCCACCAAACAAGAAGCUCAACUUAAAAAUGAAGUUGCAAUUCUCCAGAACAUAUCACAUUGUGGUGUUGUGAAUCUCGAAAGAAUGUUUGAAACUCCCGAAAGGAUAUUCGUUGUAAUGGAAAAACUGAAAGGUGACAUGUUGGAAAUGAUUCUAUCCAGUGAACGUGGUCGACUUUCUGAACGAGUUACGAAAUUUCUCAUUACACAAAUUCUCAUUGCAUUGAAACAUUUGCAUAGUAAAAAUAUCGUACAUUGCGAUUUGAAGCCUGAAAAUGUCCUGCUCUCAUCGGAUGCUGAAUUUCCACAAGUGAAACUUUGUGAUUUCGGUUAUGCAAGAAUUAUUGGUGAGAAGUCAUUUAGGCGUUCAGUUGUUGGUACUCCUGCUUAUUUGGCUCCUGAAGUUCUUCGAAAUAAAGGUUAUAAUCGCUCAUUGGAUAUGUGGAGUGUGGGUGUUAUUAUUUAUGUUAGUUUGAGUGGAACAUUUCCAUUUAAUGAGGAAGAAGACAUAAAUGACCAAAUUCAAAAUGCUGCAUUCAUGUACCCACCUAAUCCUUGGAAGGAAAUCUCAUCAAAUGCAAUCGAUCUGAUCAACAAUCUCCUCCAAGUUAAACAACGCAAACGAUACACCGUCGACAAAAGUCUCCAACACUAUUGGCUUCAGGACAAGCAAACUUAUCACGACUUGCGAAUUUUGGAAACUCAAGUUGGUCCACGUUAUUUGACCCAUGAAGCGGAUGACAUUAGAUGGGCUAGCAGCGGUGACCUUUGACCUGAGCCAUCGUCUUGACAACAGCAAAGAAUGGAAACCUGUAGCUGUAGCAGCUUGCCGGGAACACCAAAAUACGAGGCGAUCAGUGAUAAGGCCCUAAAAUGGGUGCGAGGGCGUCUCUGUCGUCAUGUUAAAUAAAAUUUUAAUAAAAAAAAAAUAAAUAAAGAACAAAAAAAUAUGAAACAAAAAACACACCUAUCGAACAAAAUGACACUCAAUUAAACUUAUAUAAUUGUAGUUAGUUUAUUAUAGACUUUUAUUUACUUUAAAUUAUUAACAUUUUUUUUAUUAUAUAUAAUUUACACUCUCCUCUUCCAAUAUAAAAAUAUAUA